CUUGUGGCAGCAGGCAUGAAUUGCCCCCUUUGCUAAGCAGGGCUUGCAUUGAUCUGCAUUUGGAUGGGUGACUGCAUGUGGGCCCCUUCUGCUGUAAGACAUCAGGGCAAUAGAUCCGUGGUAGAGUAUCUGCUUUGCAUUCAGAAGACGCCAGGUUCAACCCCUGGCGGCUUUCCCAGACAGCAGGCUUCAGCGCUCGCAGGGACUUUGGGGUAAAUUUGGCUGAUACAUGAACGCACCCCCUCCGUUCUGAAGGAGAAGUGAGCUAAAAGCCGGGUGAGAAAAACUUCCUGGCAAUCAAGGGCCAUUUCCUUCCAGUCUGCAGGCAUUCAAAUUAAUAACUAUAAACAAGUCCUGGGUGCUCUCCAGAGUACACCCUAGAAGAGCAGUAAGAUGCUUCAGCUUGGCAGGAUGGUAUUGAAAACAAGCCCCAGAAUCUCAAACUCCUACAACAGGGAGAUACAGCUAUUUUUCCACAGCGGAAUUGCAGCGUGGUAGCACUAAAUUGCAAAGAUCAAAUCUGAAGUAAGGCAUCGGAAAUGUGAACGGCCCCUUGCUGUCAGCACAGGGACUACGGUGUCAUGACACAGGAAUCACGGAAUCACACUGAGCAGCUCUGUAGUCACAACACUGGAAGUGCGGAAUCACACUGAGCAGAUCUGUAGUCAUAAUCCUGGAAGUAUGGAAUCACUCUGAGCAGAUCCGUAGUCACGACACAGGACGCAUGGAAUCACACUGAGCAGAUCUGUAAUCACAACACUGGACAUACAGACUCACACUGAGCAUAUCUGUAGUGACACUGGGGUAAGGGUUAACCUGGAAAGCACCCUAAUGGUGUUCCCUUAUUUUGUGAUGGCAAAUUCAGAACCCCUUUUAAAAAUGCGGGCCAGCCUCAGGCCAGGCAUGCUCGAAGGAUCCUGGGCAAAGCCUCCUUAGGGCCCCGUGGUGGCCACUCCUCUCUGCGUUGACACUCUCACACACACUUUAUUCCGCCCCCCUCUGCCUCAAGAGGAAGCUGCAUCAUGCACAUUCUCCAAAACCACACACGGCUCCCCUUCCGACAUUGCCUUUCCUCCUUAUGUGGCCCAGCAGCUGUGGGCUUCCUCUUCUGUCCUGUAGCAGGUAAGAUGAGAAACUGGGGAGAGGCUGCAUCUGCGUGUGGGCGCUGCUUCUCUUUUCUGGAGAAACUGUGGUCCGAGUGGCGUGCACUGAGCGCUGUGUCUGUCCCACCCAGUCUGCUUCCUGUGUGGCUGCCAGCCUGUGCCUGCGACGGAGGGCCAUUCGUGUCUGUGCUGGACUCUCCUGCGACCUGGGCAAAAUGGCACCUCUCUUGCCCUGCCUGUUGAUGCUUCUUUCCGACCUUCUCCUCACUGAUGGAUACCAGUUCCCAACCUUAAAACUCCUUUCCCAAGAUGGCGCCUCUGGAGAGAAUGUGGAGGCACAUCGUCUUGGGGUCCAUUCGGAGAACCGCUUGGCUACCCCUGGACAGUGGGAGUGGAAGACUGGAGAAGACACAGGUCGUGAGUUCUCUCCAUUAUUGCCCCGCAGAAAGAGGGAUGAUCGGAUGGUGAUUACAUCACAGACCAUUGUGGAACAGCUCAAGACAGCCUUCACUCAGCUGCUCAGGAAUGACUCUGUUACUGAAGAACUGCGUGUGGUGAGCGAAACGGCCAAGCCAACGCUGUGGACAGUGAAUGAAACGACUAAACUAAUGCCGCACGAGGUGAACGAAACGACGGAGCCGACACGGUGGAUGGUGAACAAAACGACUGAGCCAACGCUGCAUGAAGUGAAUGAAACGACUGAGCCGACGCUGUGGACAGUGAAUGAAACGACUGAGCCGACGCUGCACGAGCUGGACGAAACAACUGAGCCGACGCUGCACGAGCUGGACGAGACGACUGAGCCGACGCUGCACGAGCUGGACGAGACGACUGAGCCGACGCUGCACGAGCUGGACGAGACGACUGAGCCGACGCUGCACGAGCUGGACGAGACGACUGAGCCGACGCUGCACGAGCUGGACGAGCCGACUGAGCCGACGCUGCACGAGCUGGACGAGACGACUGAGCCGACGCUGCACGAGCUGGACGAGACGACUGAGCCGACGCUGCACGAGCUGGACGAGACAACCGAACCAGGGUCAGUUGAAACUGACACUUCAACUGCUGCCACAGCAACUUUUGGAGGAGACUUUGUCCAUGGCUUUAAAGCAAAGGGAGAAAAAUCAACAACAGCCAACCCCGGGGUCCCAACAGUCAGCACUGUUGGAAUGAAAUGGGUGAAACCAUCCCCAGAGACAUCUUCCACUGGCCCUGCUGCCAUCUUGGUUGGGAAAUGCUUACUGGCCAUUUUUCUCUUGGCCCUUGUUGCCGCCAUCUUCAUUGUUUCAACCGCUGUCCUUGCCACUCUGCUCUGGCGCCAGAGACGGGCCUACAGACUGAACCUGCACAACCCGAGGGAGAUGGUGUGCAUCUCGUCCUUGCUGGCCGCUGAAGAGGCGGACGAGGCGGGAGGGCAGCCUCGCCGGGUCCGGAGGCUGAAGUUGCCGGGAGAGAAUGGAUCCGAGGUGGAGAUGGACCGCCUGACUCUAAAUAGUUUCCUGCCCGACCAUUAGCACCCAUGCCGAUGGUACUGGCGAAUAUCCUGGGUGCCGUUGUCGAUGUCAUCUUUCUAGAACUUGUAAUUCAAAACAUCUUCCGGGAUGAUCAACUCACUCUAGGUAGGGUUGCCAACCCUCAAGACUGAUCCGGAGUCUCUAGGCAUCAGCAUCAAUCUCUUGAAAGCAACCCAGUAGGUUUUAAGAGCCGGAUAUUGUGAGAAAGUUUUGGGGUGGGGAAUUGGGGAAAAGAUCUCCAGGAACAGCUUCAUUCAGAGUUGGCAACCCUCGCUAGACUGUGUGUUAAAAGCAACUCGGUGGGACUUUUCUAGGGCCUCUUUUAAUGCCCUCCCGUCAGAUAUAAAAAACAUACCGAUUCUGGGAUGUUUCUGCCCUGGCGGUUGAUCAGGGGAGAUUGAAACAGUUGGCCACCUUCUUCUUUGUUGUGUUUUUAAUUGCAAUUUGUGCCAUAAAUGAAAUCUGCCCAUACGAAAGGAUCUCCCAGGCCGAUCUGAUGCAUUCUAUAUCCGGGUUCUUUUAGCAGACAAAUCUAGUCACUUUUCGUAUAAUGUCGCAAAAUUCUGUAUAUCAGCCUCUAGAUCACACCAUGUCAUUGUAGCUCUUCCCUAAAAGGGAAGCAUUCUAGAUUUUAAAAGGAAAAAAAAUAUCUCUGGCUGCUG